ACUGAAUUCUAUUAAAUUUUCGUAAAAAAAAUUUUUGUCUAACAUAAACUUAUACAUAAAUUAAUUAAAAUUAUGGUAAAUAUGCAAAAUAUUAAAAUAUCCGAAUCAAAUUGUGCUAAAACAAACCGAAAGUCAUAAUACAAGUUGAACAACUCAUUCAAUUUUCUCCACGAGAAAAACUUCGCGACGUUUUGGUCAGCCAAUUUUUAACCACAACCGAACAAUUUAUUGAACUCUCACGAUUUAUUGAUGAAAUUCGACAAAUUAAAUGUGCUACGCCUGAAAUACGUAUGGCCAAAUCAAAAUCAAAAAGUGUACGAAAGCGGGCCCAUCAUUAAAAGAAGACCAUAACACUAUGUAUGGAAAGCUUAAAACAAAGGCAACAUUCUCCUCUUUAAUUACGGCAUGUUCGAGUUGUGAAUAUUGUGAACCUGAAAAGCAAAACAACAAAAUAAAAAAUGAAUUAUAUAAUUCGAACGAUUGUAAGCGAAAUGACAUGUUAAAAGAAUUACAUAAACAAAAUUUACACGAAUUAAAGAAAAGAGUUGAGAUAACAUCUAAUGAAGCAAUCGAUACAUUCUCUUUUGAGUCCGAAUCGAUUGAAUUAUCAAAUGAAACCUUAAAUAAUGUGGAUAUUUGUAUCGAUGGUCGUACAAUUUCCAGUGUUGACAGAUUCUGUUCCUGCGUACAAACAAUUGUAAACGUCCCAAAAAUUAAUGCGAAUUAUGCUUUUGGUAAAAGUAUUGAUCAAUCCGAACAAACGUUGAGUACUGAACUAAGAGCAGCGCUAUUACAAUUCAAACAUUACAAAAAUAUGGAGAACAAAUGCACACAAUAUGGUGGAAAUAGUAGAGCGACAAAAAGUUAUUCAUUAAAAGUCGUCGAACCAUCAAAUGAUUCGUCAGAUGAUGAGAGUAUGGACGAUGAGAUCAAAUGGAACGAUGGUAAAGUGGAUAUGUGGACGGAUUUAAUAAGAAAAAUUAAGUAUGUUGAAGGGGCACCAAAACGUGCCCAGAAACGGUAA